CAAAUCAAUCCAAAUCACAGCGGGACCCCCCUCUGCGUGAUUGUGACAAAGACGGCAAAAUUAUCGCGAGAUUUGUCCAUUGAAGACAUGGAGACGCGAGUUGAUCGUCUUUUUAGUUUCCUUUGCUGGAGAAAGGACAGCAUCGCUCAGCAGAAAAGACAGCUGUCUCCACAAACCUUUUAAAGAAGCAACGUGAAGGAGUUUCGAACAUUUUCAGCUCCCGAGAAAGACUUUUUGUUCCGGGUAUGUUAAGCUGUUUAACCAGAAAGAGAGAAUCUUUGUUCGGGGGGUGAGCGUGGGGGCUUCACGGACGUUCAGGAAACAACUGCGUGAAUCACUUUCCCCUGUCGGCCAAUUUAUUCGGCGAUUAAUUCGAUUUGUGUGACUUUUUUUAAAAUAAGUAUCACCCGUGAUGACCUCGGAAGGAGGUGAUUCAUGAAGCCGGACAGCGAGUCUGUCCUCCGGAGCUGGAUCAGGUCCCGCGGGUCGGUCCGGGGUCGCCUCCUGCAAACGGGGACGUGUUGAAGGAUCCCGCCGUUUAAAAACAACAUCAAGAAACAUGUCCGGACAAAUCGUGGGCCAGCUCGACACCGUCAUCACAACGCUGUUUGCGAUGACGAGGCGGGAGAAAUGAAGCCAGGACAAGCAGCCUGACGUGAGUCCACAGUCAUGGAUAAACUGACCGUCAUAUCAGGAUGUCUCUUCCUGGCUGCAGACAUCUUCGCCAUCGCCAGUAUCACCAAUCCGGACUGGAUCAGCACCGGAGAAUCAGCCGGUUCUCUGACAGUGGGUCUAAUCCAGCAGUGCCAAACCAUCCACGGCAGAGACCGGCUCUGCAUCCCCCCGCAGCUUCCCCCGGAGUGGAUAACCACGCUGUUCUUCAUCAUCCUGGGCAUCAUCUCCCUCACGGUUACGUGCGCUCUGCUGGUGCUGUCACACUGGAACCGCGAGGCCACUCGAUAUGCCAGAUGGGUCGCCUUCACAGGAAUGGUGCUAUUCUGUAUGGCUGCUCUGGUGUUUCCCAUCGGCUUCUACAUCAAAGAGGUUGGAGGACAGCCAUAUAAACUCCCCAACAACACAGUGGUGGGCUCCUCCUACGUCCUCUUCGUUCUGUCCAUAUUCUUCACCAUAGUGGGGCUACUCUUUGCCGGGAAGGUGUGUUUGCCCGGCUGACGUGGAGAAACAUUUAACAGUCGGUGUUACGGCAGCACGGUGGCAAGUGUGACAUUAAGUCUAAACUGAAGCUUGCAGGUUUGCCUUUUGUCUGAAAGACCUGAAGUGCAGUAUCUGUCCAUCUUCUCACAUCCUUUGGAGACUGAUGAGGGAAGUCAGAACUCAUCGACUGGAGCUAUGAGGAUAUACUUUAAGGAGUCAUGGAAUUCUUUAAUACUUCAACGGACUGUUAAUUAAAACAAAAUAUUGCGGACCUACACUCUUCUCAUAUUAGUCACCAAAAUGCUCUUAAUGGGGUCUGACUCACCUGUCGGAUCUCAUGAAACAAGCAUUAGACCGUCACCUCAGAUAACAACAGUGAUGAAAGAUUUUUAGACUUUUCCGGUUUCACAGGUUUGGGGCAAACUGAGAUUUAUUCCAGGUGCUAGUUGAGGAAUACGGUAGCAUAGCAGCUAUCAAUCUCCUGUCCUGGGUUCUGUCCCACAUUUUUCUUGCACAUCUGUAGCAGCAUCAGGAAUGGUAGCUUGUACCACAUCACCGUUCAGAUCCAUGUCGGAUCCACUGUGGCAACUCCAAGCAAAUGGGAGAAGUCAAAAUAAUUUGUUUUAUUGCCAAUGGUGUGGUUAUACUUUAUAUGUGAACCACAGUGCUACAGUUCAUUUUUAAGGGUGUGCAUUUCUCCCUUAUGAAAUGUGCAUCUAGAUACGCAAGUUCCAAUAUGUUUCAAGGAUGAUACUUUUCAGUUUUGUGUGAUACGGUGCAAUUUCUUUUUUAAAUGUAGAGAUUCUUUUUCCAUGAUCAGUUAGAAUAUCGGAAGUGCCAUUGCUUAACUUGAAAUGUACUAAAAGGACCUUUUUCAGGUUUUUACUACUGUGCUGUAGCACGUUGGUACUGCCUCUGCACCACAUACAAUAGCAGAAAGCCUAACGUAGAAGAAGAAGACAGCUGUUUCUAGCCCAUUAGCAUAGUAUAAAUAGCGCAAGACUGGUGUUUUCAAAGUAAAAUUCAAAUAGGUAUGUUAUCGUUACACCACCUACCACUAUCAGACAUGUUAAUUUUGUUUUUACCUCACAAAGUUAGAAAAGUUUCUCCAAAGCAUUGCACUGACCUUUCAAGAUGUGGAUGUAACAGCUUACAGUGCAUCUGGAAACUAUUCACAGCUCUUCACUUUUUCCACAUUUAGUUAUGUUACAGUCUUAUUCCAAAAUCAAUGAAGUUCACUUUUCCUCAAAAUUCUACACACAAUACACCAUAAUGACAAUGUGAAAAAUAUAAUGUAAUAAUGUCGGCCAAAACAGCAGUUUGUCCCAAAUCUGUAAAUCCGAUAAUAUCCGUAAAUCUUUGAUCACUGUAAAAAUGAGGUUCUUCAGACUGCAGCUACAUUCUGUAAGAUUUAACAUCUUGUUUUCUUGUUACUUUUAUUUAUUCCUUCAAUUGUUCAGUUGUAUGUUAAUGUAUUUUUAUUUAAGAGGACAAGAUUACGAGUUGCUCGGUCAUUUCAACUGUGGUGGAUCACUUUGCCUUAAGGAGCCGUUAACCUUCAAACAACCACAAAGUCAUAUCGGGGACUCAUUUAAAACGGUUCUGAGCACAAAAAUGGUUAACAACUGGAAUAACACUGAUCCAGAAAGGUCAGAUCCACUGUCCGUGUGAAGAUGUAAAGGUGCACUGACACGUGCAUGACUUUGAUUCACGCACUUGCACGCACGUCGUCAUGAUGAUCCCACCCACUGUGCUCCCAGCUGGAUGCUGUUCUUUGUUCCACCACCUGCCACAC